CGAUGGCUUUCAGUAUUGUUCGCAAUAUCCGUGCAGUGACAAGGUGCAUAGGUGAAGGUUCCUGGGAAAUGGAGGCGAGCUUUGAGGAUUUACCAAAGUCGAACGAGUGCGAGCCGAUAGACGCGAUGGAUCUCCGUAGUUUAACCUUCAGGUCCCUCGACUUGAAGGAUUCAACGCCACCGCAAAGUGAUUUUCUCAACCUGGAUGACGACAUUGAGGACGAUCGAGACUCGUCGAGGCAGAGCAACGAGGAGUUGACAUCCUCCAGCAAGCAGAAAUCGAAGGAGUUGAAGACGAUCGACUUGGACGAAGUCGCUUGGCAUGACACCGCGGACAAUUGCUGGAUUUGCAUUCGUGAUUUCGUUUACGACUGCACGGAUUUUUUGAAGAACCAUCCUGGUGGCUCGGACGUUAUACUCGAGUAUGCUGGCAGGGACGCCACGUUGGCUUUCAUAGGCACUGGACACACGAGAGCUGCCACGCGGAUUUUGGACAGGUUUCUCAUAGGUGAACUUCCACUGGAGGAGAGGAUCUUCCGUGUGCCCGAUGGGGUCAAGGUUCCUGGGUUCUAAGACCUUAGAAGGGAUCCUUGUUCUUCAUACGAACGAGGUGCGAAGGCUUUUGUAUGAUUUCGUGUGAAUUUCGAAAUUUAAGAUUGUAUGUAACAGUACAGGUACAUUUAAAGAUGUUCCGAAGCUCACUUGUAAAACUUAGCGAAAUCAUAGAGCCGUUACUUUCUUAAUUUUCAAUUAGUAUUUAUAUUAAUCUUUCAUUGCAUGGGUAAAGGUGUUUCCUCCUUGUAUGAAUGCUGUAGGAAUUUGUAUUGUACCUUAAUUGUAUUAUUAUCACAUGCACUUUUUGUCCUGUUUGAAUAAUUUAUAUUAUUUUAACGAAAGAAUUUGGAUAGAAAUAAUAUCCCCUCUUUUGUUACACACAUAUAAUUUCAAUUUUUUCAUUCCUCUUUCAUAAAUGACCAACUUGAUUUAUGUUGUCAAAAAUUCCACCGACUCGAAAACUGUGCAAAAAGAAUAUUAUUUAUUAACGCUAACGACGAAGAAUGGUUGGCAACGACUGGUUUAUGUUGUACUUAUACUUGCUUAACUUUACGAGGAUCUGCGCGAUUAAUAUAAAAAUAUUUAGAAGUACGAUUAAAUUAUUAUUUAUUGAACAACUGUGAAGUAUUUAUUAGCGACUUAAAACUAUAGACUUACCUCGUGAAACCAUAAUCUCAAAAGAUUCGGGAUUACAAUAUGGAAAUUAACCCUUGGGCAUUCCAUGAGUUUUAUGUUUAAAAAACAAACAUUUAAUUCACAACUUAAUUGUUAAAUAGAUUUAAGUUACACUUAUUUCCUUCGGCCAGAGUAAGUUCAUCAGGUUUCUCGAACACUUGUUAUUGGUACUCGUCUAUGAAACAAAUUUGGAAUAAAAAGAAUUAUUAAUA